CGCACUGGAACUGAAAGUUUAGAGGGAAGUUUGGCGGGGCCGACAGGUUUGGGGCUCGGUGAGGUGAGGGAACUGGAGCACCUGGAGGAAACUCACAGGAAGGACAUGCAAGCUACUUACAGGCGGCGGAAUUGAACUCCAAACUCCGAUGCCCAGAACUGAAAUAGCAUUGUGCUAACCGCUACAAAGUCUCAUGGAGUGAUAUACAUGCAUUGCAAAAAAACACCUGGAGAGUAGAAAUACCUAGCAGGAUGAACACUUGUCGUUGGUGCACGCCUCAACACGAGUCAACAGCCGAAUUUCUACGCUGUUACAGUUCUGAGGUGCUCUCAUCAGAGGAGCUAAAAGCUGCCAAUGAAGAUCUUUGUUACUGCCUAGAAUGUGUGGUGGAGUAUCACAGAGCCCGUGAUGAACUUCCGGCAGCGCACAAGGAUUUGUGGAAAAUUGAGACCAAGCGUCUGGUAGAGCACUUUGAAAAGACGUUAAAGGAAGAGGAGGAAGACGAUGAACUGAUCUUAGUUUUGGAUGAGCAGGAAAUUCAGCUCCCUGGAUGCAUGGCAACAAAUAUUGAGAAUGACCUCCGGGUCCCCAUCAUUGAGAUCCUUAAAUACCCAUACUUACUGCUUCAUGAACGUCUGAGUGAGUUAUAUGUUGAGGCCCUUACCAGAAUGGAGCAGGGGAAUUUCUCCUUUCAGAUAUUUGAUAAGUAUCCUGGAAUCUAUCUACUUUUGGUGCACCCAAAUGAAAUGAUCCGGAAGUGGGCAAUUCUUGCUGCCAGAUCUCUUGGAAAAGUGGAGCGAGAUGAUUUUUAUGAUCUGCAGGAAGUGAUAACCUGUUUAUUGAAAGUGAUUGAAUUGGAUCUUUUUGAAAAUACAGAUUUCUAUCACAGUUAUGGAAUGGAAGAGGGAAAAUUAAUUCUUUUACCACCCCAUCUUUAUGAGGUUACCAACCACAAAAACUAUUGGCUUGGUAUCUGCAUGCUGUUGAUGGUGUUGGAUGAACAGGCUAUGGAUUCAUUACUACUUGCCCAUGAUAAGCAGAAUGACUUCAUGAAGUCCAUUCUGAACACCAUGAUGAAAAGUAAACCAGGUGAUGCUUCUGAUCCAUUUUGGCCAGCUCUACAGUGCUUCAUGAUAAUCCUAGAUCGACUUGGAUCCAAAGUCUGGGGCCACCUCAGUGACCCCACUGAGGCAUUCCAGGCCAUCAUUGAAAGCCAAAGUUACAACGAUGAGAUAGAAAAAAUUCGCAGUUCAAGAAAUAAUACAAAUGUAAAAUAUGAUCUGGAUGGUGAUGUCGAUGAUGAUAUGGUUUCAUGCAGCCAGAUUGUCUAUGAUUACAACUCAAGAAAGCAAAGCAAGAAUGCAGGUGGGAAAUACACAACAUGUGGAGAAUAUUACCCGAGCAUGUAUGAUGAAAUGCAAAGUCUUGAACAUGUGCUGCAGUGUGACAUUGGACAAGACAUGCGUGUACAUAACAGUACAUUUCUGUGGUUUAUCCCAUUUGUCAAUUCUGUCAUGGACCUAAAGGAUCGUGGCAUUGCCUACAUUGGUGAAGUGGUUCAUCAUAUCUACUGCGAAAUAAAAGAUGUUCUGACUCGGAAAGUUGAUUUCUGUGAUAAAGUGACCGAGUUCUUCAUCAUCAUCUUGGUGUCCAUCAUAGAACUUCACAGAAAUAAAAACUACCUGCAUUUGCUUUGGUAUAGUUCGCAGAAGUGGGUGGAAGCAUUGGUGAAAUGUGUCAGUCUUCCUGCCAGACUUUUUAAUCAAAACACAGAGAGAACAGCAACCACAGGUAACUUUAAGGUCUCCUCAACUGUUUUUGCAGUUACGCCAUCUUCAGCAAACUCUCCCAUCACAAAUUCAGCACAACGAUCAUGUGUUCAACUUAUUCGUAGUUUUCUGCGAGAGGGAUGUCAAUCUCAACAAAGAAGCAUAUUUCAACCGUUCCUCGACAAACUAAAUCUGCAAUUACGAAGCUCUUUUAUCCUGGGCUGGCAGUUGAAUCUCAAAGAACAGCAGGAAUUACAGUCUUGUUUAAGACAGUUGGUUAAAAAUGCAAGAUAUAAAACCUCUGAAGUGAAGCAACUAGACGUAUUUGGAAGAAGAAGUGGUCAGCAGUGUCCUAUAAUUAAACGUGAAAAAGAGGACACAGGGGUUUGGGGAAAGAUGCCUGGAUAUUGUAAUAGUGGUCCUGGGCCACCAGAUCCAUUGUUUCAAACGGAUAACAAAAGUUUACUUGUUCAGAAAAGUACAAUAAAUCAAGAAGAAAUGGCUGCUUGCUCAGGUCAGGAAGACUGGCCAAACAAAUCAUCUGAGGAUGGAGAUUUUCAGUGUAAAGCAGAAUCCCCCUUGUGUAAUGAUGUUACUUUCCUUAAUGAGACCAGAACAAAUGAAGCAGAUGUUUUGGAAGUUGGCAAGACUGAUGGAAAACUGUCUUCAGAGAUAAGCAUUGUGGAACUUUCUCCUCUUCCUUUAGAGAUCACCGGUGCUGAUCUGCCAAAUAAACAGGAGCAGAUACCUGAACAAAUGGGUGGACUCAAAUGUGCAUCUGGUGCUAAUGUAAAUUUAACUGGAAGUUCUUUUCUCAAUGACAAUUUGCAGGCUGAGUUCCUUGAAGAAAAUCCAGGUAUUCAACAUCAAGAAAACUGGAAGCAAUCCAUGUUAUCAGAAUCCCACGAAUCUUUCAGUGAUAAUGCAACGAAGUCGGAAGCUGCCUCCACCACAAGUAAUCAGCACAUUCAUCCUGCAGUAACAUGUACAGCAGCAAGUGUCUGUGAUUUGCUUCAGAAAGUGGAUUCAGAUGAGACUCCAUCAUACAAGUUUAAAAUUGAUCCAAACAAACUCCGUAAUCUGAAAGUUAAGAUGCAAGCAAUUAAUAUUAAAGGAAAGAUAAUGAAGGAAAACAAUAGUAAAGAAAGGAAAUUAGAGGAUUUGCCAACCGUAGGAAUUGACAGUAGUCGAUUAGAUUAUAUUAAUAUCAGAAACGGCAACCAGAAUCCUGACUUCAGCAAAAGCACAAUAGAUGGCAGUUCUAGUAUAGAAUGUGUGACCACCUCCCCUCCUCAGUUGUCACCAUUUUGUGACAAAAGAGGGAAGCUUAUAAAUUCUGAUAAUUUAAUACUUGGUCCAUUGUCACACAAUAAAGUGAAUUCAAGCAAUGACUUCAAAACUCCUGACCUGUCAUACCAGUCUCACCAGCGUACAAUCGAUAGCAUAGAUAGUGAUGAUAUUCCUUUGAAGAAGUUAAGGGCAAAAUUGAAGAAAGGAAUUGCGUUAACCAGAGUGGCGAAUACAGGUGAAUCAAAGAAGAAUAAAGAUCUUGGAAUGCCCUUGAAAGUUACUUCUAUGGAUAAAAUCCAAGCAUUAAACAAAAUUGAUAGAAAAGUAAACGUUUCCCUUCAUGUACAAUUAUGUGAUUCUGUUCAGCGUGAGGAAAAAUCUGAAUUCAAUUCAUCUGUUGAAGAGCCUAGAAUUGACAAGGAUGCUGAAGUUGAUAUCUUCAGUUUGCCUUCCACAAAAGAAAAUAACAAAAUGUUAGAAUUUGACAGACCUGGAACAAAAAAUCAAAUAAGUGAAGCUAGUAUACAGGAGAUCACCAACUCACCUGUAAAAAAUAAAACAUCCCUGCAAGAAAUGCCUACAUCUAGAAAGUCCUCACCAACUCCUUUUGAGGAAUGUGAUUCACAGGUUUUUGAAUUUGAAAGUGAAGAGCAGGUAUAUUCUGUUUGGGAAGAUGUUCAGCCAAAUGAGCAAAAAGUUGAGGAAGAAAAGCCAGAAGACAAUGAUGAAUCUGAUUUACACACCAACAGUGAUGAAGCAGAUAUUAAUAGCAAGUUUAAUGAAAAGCCAGUAGAAGGUGAUGUAUCUGAUGUACACACCAACAGUGAUGAUGCUGAUAUAAAUAGCAUGUUUAAUGAAUGGGGGUAUGAUACAGAUUACGUCCCUGAUGAAUUAAUUGAAAAAGUGGCUGAAGAGGUAGAAGCACAGUUGGCAGAAGAAAUAACAGCAAGUAAAACGGACAAUGAGAAGCAGUUACUGCUUGGGGUAAAACACAUUUUUCCUUGCAAUUCUGCAGGUAACCUUCAAAAGGAGAAACAAAAACACAGUAAGAUUGCAAGAAGUCAUCAAAAUUUGACUGAUAAAAGUAAACACAAGCUUGCAUCUGCAAAAUGUAUACCAAAUAAAAAGCAAGCAAGAAAGAUAACAGGUAGAGAUGAAAAUGUGAGAAACAAAAAUGGAAUAAGAGAAAAAUAUUUAUCCCAUGUCAGUUCCAGAAAAGAUUUGGGCAAGUUAAUUUUGACUAAGCAAUCCACAAAUGGUCAUCCAGACCAGAAAGCUAAGAAAAAUAAUUCUAGUAAAACUUCAGACUUUCCUUCCACCUCAACUCCAAAAAAAGUACAUAAACGCCCUGAACCUACUUCAACUGUUGAAAAGCUCGGUCUCAAAAAGAAAACUCGUAAAGCUUUAGACCUUUCUCAAGGAAGCCUUGAUAAUCUGAACAAAUUGCGUAAUUAUGGACAAGCAGUUGGCACCAUUGAGGACAAGUGCCCCAAGAAGGCAAAACUUAUUAUGCCACAAAAACUGUCAAUAACUAGAAAUUCACAUUUGCUGGCCUCCCAGGAUCGUCAGUACCUAAGACAGUCAAGACCUCGGCGGCACCAUAAAGAAAAGAAAAGGAAAAGUCCAUCUGAUGAAAGUGUUUUCCCAAAAAGAGCUCUGCCCUUUACAGAGAGGCAAGACUCUUCUAAUUCUGUCCAAACAAGUCAAAAGCUCCCAUCUGCAUCAGUGGAAAAUAGCAGUAAUUCUAUCCACACUACCUCAGCUUCAUCUGAAAGAGAAGUAAGUUCAUCUUUAACUAAGAGAAACUUGUCGAGUAUAAAUGAAAGCGAUGACUUGAAUUUAACACAGCGUGAUCCUUUGGAUAUGGAUAUUAGUGAUGAAAGCCUGGAAGAUGAUCUGUUACAUUUGACACAGAGGGAUCCUGUAGAUAUGGAUAUUGAGAAUGAUGAAACAGAAGAGGACAGCUCAAGAAAAUCUUCAAAUUCCAACAUGACCUAUUGCCACUAUACAGGCUGCACAGCCGUUACUGCAUCUUCAGAAAGUUUAUGUAAGGACCACACUGCAAGCGAACCCAAGGAUGAUGUUUUUGCAAAGCCAGGAUUACCUCUAUCUGACCUGAAAAGCUCAAGACCCUCCACCACCAAGCUCUUUGCUUCUAGCUCGACUUCCCGUAAUGCUCAACUUGCUACAGAAAUGGAGGCUAUCCCAAAGCGCCCAGCUGUAGCAGUUUCUAAAGUUCCGCAGUUUCAGAAGCCUGCAACAGUAAAGUUCACUGUGCCACAGGCAUUGAGACCAAUCCAACCUGCAAAACCUGUGGGAACUAACAUCCUUCGUGCACAAAACCAAGAUGUGGAUUUUAGACCAAGGUCAAGUUUUCCUACACCAGUUGGUGAAUCGCGCUCUAUGUGUGAAACUUUGCCAGCUCGGAGAUCUGCACAGGCUUCUCCUUAUGUUCCUAUGACAGAUCAUCGUCAACGGGACCAGUUUGAACUGAUCAAUGCAGUUCUUAAGUGGAACUAUGAUAUGUUUGACAUGUUUGAUCAAUUUGGAGCACCUGAGGAACUUUGUGAAAUUCCACUACGAGCUGUGCCUGAUAGGUUUGGAUCAUAUGAAGAGUAUUUUAGCACUUUUUACCCAUUACUGAUGUUAAAUCUGUUUGAACAGCUAGCUCAGAAAUUGAUGGAAUACAAGCAGACAAAUAAAAUGAUUCAAAACAAACUGAUGCUGAAGAACUACUGCGUUGAGGGCAGAAUAAAUCGGGCUGAAUUUCAAGCUUUCCUACGGGGCUUUGAACUUGAGAAACAAUUAUACCCAAAGGAAGAUGAUGUUGUUUUCCUCUGGCUGCCCCAACGUUACAGCUACUACAUGCAAGAGGAAACCGAGAUGAAGGAAAUGCUAAUUCCACAUAUAGCACACGUCCAUAGAACAUCACGUUUCUCUGGGCGAGAUUCCCAGACAACGCUUCACCUUUCAAUCCGCACUCGAGGAAAUGUUAGUGCUGUAGAGAACCAGCCAGUGAGGUGUGAUGUAAUUGGUUCCAUGGUGACAACCAUACGGCAGUUCAAAGGAUUGCUCUUUCUAGCCAAGUCUCCUCUGAGAGGGCCAAUUAUUUUGCCCCAUUCUAAAUUCUUUUUUGAGCGAGACAUCAUGGACAGUACAAAGUGGAGUAAUGCUAAUGAUUACAAUGUGCAUCAGCAGAAAGCAAUUAACAUAGCAACAUCAAUGGUUAAACAACCAAGAAUUCCCAGAGUUUGUUUCAUUCAAGGACCACCCGGAACAGGAAAAUCAAAAACCAUUGUUGGGCUCCUGCAUCGUUUGCUUGAAGAGGAUCAAGAGAAUGAUAAACCAUCUUACACUGGGAACACAAGAGCUAAACAUGCCAGGAUUCUUGUAUGUGCUCCAUCGAAUGCAGCCAUUGAUGACCUCAUGAAAAAAAUCAUUACUGACUUUAAGUGGAAACGCAAAAAUAAGAAUAAUUGCUUGGGAAAUUGUGGAGAUGUGAAUUUGUUAAGACUAGGCACUGAGAAAGCUAUCUCAGCUGAUGUCAUGGGAUUCAGCUUGGAUUAUCAAGUAAAUCGUAAAAUGAAGAAGGACCAAACUGAUGCUGAUCAGAUUCAAAGAGAAAAGGAUUCGUUGGAUAAGAAACUGGAUGAACUGGGGAAGGAAUGUGCGAUCAUCAAAAAAGACAGCAAGCAGAUUGAACUGGCAAUUCAAAAGAGGAGAAAUUUGGAGAGUAAGAGGGCGGAACUUGGACGCAAGCUAAAAGAGGUUCAAGGUCGAACACAGGACAUCCAGCUAAAAAUUAUUCUGGAAUCACACAUCAUCUGCUGUACUUUGAGUACCAGUGGCAGUACGCUUUUGGAAAUGUCUUUCCGAAAAUUGGGUUAUGAACCAUUUAACUGUGUUGUUGUAGAUGAGGCUGGGCAGGCAUGUGAAACUGAAAUACUGAUUCCAUUGAUGUACCGUUGUCCCAAACUAAUCCUAGUAGGUGACCCAGAGCAACUGCCCCCAACUAUUAUCUCCAUGAAAGCAAAGGAGUUAGGCUAUGGUCGAUCAAUGAUGUGCCGGUUACAAAGGUGUCUGCAAGAUGAAGUGAAUCAGAGCAGUUUUGGACAUGGCUCACCCCUGUUGCUGCUGACCCAGUACAGGAUGCAUCCUGACAUUUGCCUGUUUCCCUCCAAAUACAUAUAUGGAAACAUGUUGAGAACUGAUGAAAAUGUAGAGGUGGAGCGGUGUCGGCUCAGCUGGCCUUUCCAGCCGUAUAUGUUAUUUGAUGUGACAGAUGGAUAUGAACGCAGGGAUAAAGACUCUUAUGCUAACCCACAGGAAGUGAAACUGGUGAUGGCUUUAAUCAGUAUGAUUGCAGAGAAGCAAAAAGGAAGUUGCCGUAAAAUUGGAGUGAUCACACCAUAUAAUGCACAGAAACAGGAGAUCAUCAAUCAAAUUGAGCACGAAUGUAAAAAGGAAAGGCUUGAUAAUGGCAGAGCAGUGCAAGUUGGUACAGUGGAUGGAUUCCAAGGAUGCGAGAAGGAUUGUAUUAUUGUUAGCUGCGUACGGGCAAACAGUCUGCAGGGAUCGAUUGGGUUCUUAGCAGACCGGCAACGAAUGAAUGUUACGAUAACCCGAGCUCGUUUUAGUCUUUUCAUUCUUGGACAUUUGAAGACUCUUAUGGAAGAUAAAGACUGGAAUGCUUUGAUUCAGGAUGCUAAGAAACGAGGAGCCAUUGUGAAAACGCGUGAAAGGGAAUACAAAAAGGACUGUCUCAAAGUUACAAAACCAAGACCCGCUUUAUACAGAAACGUUUCGGAUCCAGGUGCUUACACAAAUGAAAGGGAAGCUGUUCCUCCUCUCAAAAAAUUCAAGAGGGAAAGUUUGAACUUAAAUGCCACUACAAGUCAAUUAACUGACAACAGCAGUGCACAAGUUCCCAAGCAACUGAUCCCUCCCCAACCAACUGCACUGCAACAACAGUGUAGGCCACAGGCUUCAGCUGCUGUACAGCCUGCGGCAUCGAGUACUGUUAGACAUCCUCAGACAUCAGUUAGGUCGGAGCAAUCAUCUCACUAUAGACAUAAGGAUCCGAGAUUGGCCCGAAGAGAGGCAUUAGCCAUAGAGGGUCAGCCACAAUUAAAAGCUGAUCAGCCUUUUUCAAAGUCAAGUGAUGUUUUGCCACCACAUUCAUCCAGUGGUAGGCAUGAGAUAACACAUUCUUCACACUUUGGACAGAUGCCAAGAAAUUCUGUUUCCUGGGCUGAUGAUGCUUCUACUUCCAAAUCGAGUUUAGCUUUUCCUGCUGGGACUUCUGUGGAUAGAGCUAGUAACGAUAUGGCAUACAAGCUCAACAGAUCUGUAAGUUCCAGGAGAGAUGUAAAUGCUGAAAAAGAGAAAAAAUAUGAUGAACAACAAAAACAGAGAACGUAUUGAAAUGUUUGUUUUUAAGAGUAUUCUAUUAAUGCUUUUGACUCUAUUGCCCUCAUACAAGGUUGGUGCAAAAUGUGCUUCUCAAAAUACAUAAUUGAUUGGUGUACAACCCAUAGGAUCAUAGAAUAUGAUGCAUUUGUUUUACAGUUUUAUUGCAGAACACCAUUUUGUAUUCUUGGCAUUUGUCCUUUAUCUUAUUUACGUUUUCCUCACCCAAGCAGCCAGGUAUCCUGCUUUAAGACUUCAGUCAGUGUUCAUUUCUGACUGGCUGCCUGAAUGUGUACAAAAGCCUGUGUGGUUUGUUAGCAGUUUCCCUCGUUGGUAUGGCUGGGUCUUUUCAUAAAGGAGGCACAGACGCUGGGCCAUUUCAGCUCAUGCACCAACAGCUCUCUCAAUGACAUCAGUAUUUAACCGUAGUUUUUAAAGCAGUUCUGUGACAAAGCUAGAAUCUUUAGUUGCAACAUGUGCACAAUUCCAGACUGAUCUCAUUGAUUCAUUAGGUUUACGACAUCAACCUCAUCAACAUAGAUCAUGAUAUCAAGGAAAAGCCUCAAGAAUUUUAACUGUUUAUCCAAUACAUUCUUGUAGCACAUUUCUAAGUGACACAUUAUCUUUGAAUGAGCACUUUUCAGAAAAUUUGAAGUGUAAUAGUAAGAUAUAAGUGCACACCUUGUUCUUUUGCAAUUUAUUGAGAGUGGGUUUUAAUACCUGGCACAGGAUUAACAGGACUUGACCCCACCAGCUGUUAGCAAUGCCUUUUCAGAAACUCGCAGUGUGAAUGUCUAUUGCAUUAUAAAUUAUUUUACUCAAUGACAAAAUGGUUUCAAGUAAUCUAAGUAAAAUAAAUUACUCAGAAAUGCAAAUAGAGGAAUAGUUGCUCUAUAAUAUUUGCAAGGUGUUCUCUCCAGCCACAAACAGCUUGUGGUGGUCGUCUGCUUAGUAAUUAUUAGACUCUGUAUAUGCAUCUGUUGAUUUAAAUUUGUAGGUAAUAUGUAUAUAAUUGUUAUUCCAAAGAUUUGCAUCAUUGCAACUGGACAGUCAUUGUAUGUAUAAUUUUAAAGGUUCCAGUGUUUAAGGGAUUUAAAGAAUAAGCUUCAGAGCAUUGUUUUUGGAAAUGCCGAGGGGGUUAGUUAUUGAGAUAUAUAAACACUGAAGUGAAUUUUUGUGCACACGUGUGUGUGAAGAUGUCUGAACUAAUGCAGUACUAGGAUAUACUGUGCUAUUACAGAAGGCACAUCACCUUCAGAUUCCAUACUAAAGGUUUGCAAUGCUCCUUAAAAUGAUGAAUGUCAGGCUUACAGGUUUCACAGAGUAGUCAGGACAAAAUUUGUCAUCUUUGGUCAUUACGCAAAAUAGUCCUUCUUGAGAAUGAGGAUAUUUGUGACUUUGUUUCCCUUCUCAACUCUCCCAGUAGAAUAGUAUAGAUACUUUAAAAUAUAUUGAAUGUUUUCUUUGUUUACUUAAUAAAAUUGGUUUCUAAAAUUUCAUAAGCAGCAUGCGGUUAUCUAACUUUCUAGAAAACCUGAUUCUGAGCAUUUUGCAGGUGAAAACGGACUUUGCUCAACUUGCUGUAUUUGAAUACUGUUUUCUGUUUGUUCAUAGACCAAAAUUGGCACCAUUUAUAAAUCAAUUAUAUUGGACUACCCUUAGUGCAGAUGGAAAUGUAAUGUGAAUAGAAAGUAACAUGUUUUGGUCAUUUGAGUACUGUGUUUGGAGUUUAAGCUGUUUCAAGAUUUUGAUGUAAAUAUUUUGUAUGAUUUUCAUGACUUCCUUCAUUGCCAAGACACUGUAAAAUGUCAUCAAAUCCAAUGAUUUACCCAAGUGCCAGUUGUACCUUUACAGAUUUGUUGUCCAAAAGCUGCAGUAAUCUGAAAAACAGACAUUUCUGUAGGUUUAACUAGCAUUGUUGCUUUGUUUGCAAUAGCAUGCUAAUCUAAUAUCUAUAUUCCAACUCUGUCCAACAUAUCCAUUCUAAAUUUAAAAACAAAUAACUAGAAUAUUUGUAUGGCAGCUUCUUUCAAAUUUUAAUUUUACGUGGUCUAAUAUCCAGAAAAGUGUAAAUAAUCCAACAUUAUCUUGGUUGUAAGAGUGCCAGAUUUUGGACAUCAAAUCUGUAUAGCGAAUAAUCUGUAAUUCAUUGUAGCAAAUUUUAUUACAUGAUGUAUUUGUAAAUCUGACAUCAAAAGUUAAUGAAAUUUGAAAGAUCAGUUCUGCUGUAUGUAAAUUCCUUGAAUUUAUUUGUACUCUACCCAUUUAUGAGUAGCAAAUUUUUUUAUAUAUAAAAGAAAUCACUUGCAUUCGGUGUUCGGUGAGUUAAUGCAUCAAGUGGUGUCUCACAGACAUGUAAGGAUUCUCUAAACAAAAAAAGUUUGUGGGUGCUGACAUUGUUGAGCAUUUUGU